AUGCCUGGCCCUUCCGACGAUGGCUUUGAUAAUUUUUUGUAUUCCACCCGGUCCUUCUCCAGAAUGGAAAUCUCAGACACCCCCCCUUCGGCCUCGAAGGCAACACCCGAUCGAGACACCACUGCCCAACUUUUGUCCUUAACCGUCAAUAAAGAGGGCCAGCAGAACGGAUCUGAUGUGUUCGAAAGACGAGGCUCCGCCGAUUCUGCUGGGGCAGAUGCCCAGGCUGACGAGGGUUUUGUGCUUUCACGAAGCGUGCAGGACCCAUCGGAGGAGCUUCCCAUCGAGCUGAUCAGCUUGACAGAUCGCUUCAUCAACUCGCUGAGCGCAAAAGUACACAACUCUCCUCCUACAAUCGAUAAAAUUUCCUCUCUUUUCCAGGUUUUCUAUGAUCGUGCCGAAUCCCACAUUGCUACACACAUAUCCGCGCUUGCAUCUCGUAUCAAUAGAGAUCCAGCUCCGCAGGCUUCAGUACCCCGCACCAGUCCGUUUUCGAAACUAGGCAACAAAAAGUCACAAGAUGAUGUUCGGCAAGUUGCUGCUGGCCGGCAAAUGUUGACGGCGUCAGAGGUUGCAGACAGGCGGAGGGCGCGUAAGGCUCUGGAAUACAAACGGACGGUGAUGGAAGAGGCCGCAGAACGAAGAGUUUGUGAGCUGGUUUAUGAUAAGAUCUGGAGGCAUAAAACCACUUUGGAUGAUGUUCGGGAUGAGAAAUUACGCUCCAAGACUGCCGCAUUGUUGCUGGUAGGGAUCAAUCUGAAAGAUCUAGGAAUCGACAUCGACUUAUCGGCAGUCGAAGAGACGAAGCAGCAGGAGGCCAAUGAUUAUUUGGCUCUGGCCCGAAACUUUCUGGAAAAAAUGAAUGAGUACAAAUAUCCUCUUGGCAAGCUCCAACAACUAGCAGCCGCCCAUAAAGCUAUUGUGGACGCAUUGACCAAACUUUUGCCUUCGUCAUCAUCAGCAGAUGAGAUUCUACCUACACUGAUCUAUUCACUCAUCACCUGUCCGGCUGAUGGUAUUAACGUCAUCAGCAACCUUCUUUUCAUUCAAAGAUUCAGAUCAUCGAACAAGAUUGAUGGCGAGACGGCAUAUUGCUUGACAAAUCUCGAGGCGGCCAUUAGCUUUCUGGAGAAUGUCGAGCUUUCCAGCCUACGCGCAGAUGAGCUCCAGGAGGGGCCUCUCCAGACCCCGAGUGAAACAGCAACUCCAUCCUCGGAGCGAACCGAUCCUUUCAAACCAGCUAAAGAGACUACCACAUCGUCAAUCACGAAUGUAUCUGCUUCACCUGAGAUAACUAAACCGGAAGCCAAGGAACCGGUGUCAGCUAUGUUGGCUCGACCCCGCCCCUCUCCAACGCCCCAGCAACGACGUCUCAGCAACCUGUUUCAACCACCGGCAAAGGUACUAGAAGCAGCUAAUGAUGCAGUCCGCACCACGGCGGACCAGAGCCUCAAAAACAUUGGUGCCUCGCUCGACAAUUCCUUCAACUUCCUUUUCGGUCGUCUCAAAGAAUUACAGACACAGGGUCCCAAUUCAAAUGGACCUGUACUACCAAAAACCUUGGCCGAAGCUCGUCGGCUAGUCGCUCAGCCCCUGGUCAACAAGCCUAUCAUCAUUCAAGAGGAUCUAGUGUCCAUCAAUUCCAUUCCAUCUGAAGAUGGCACACAAGUUACCAGCAUCUCAAGGGCAACCGGUGUGACCAGCGGUAGUCGCACACCCCGCGACCGAAGUACUGACAGUGCAAGAACACAAAACAGUAGCAAAAAAUCAGUAGCCCCAUCUCAGCGAGAUGAGCCCCUCCAAAGUCCAUCUUUGAGCGCCCCUCAAACCCCAUUGGAGUCGAUGCGAAAUUUUGGGAACUCCCUCAACCCACUCAAUCACAUUCCCGGCAUGAUUAAGAACUUCGGCCGCAAUGCCCCGGGUCAGGAUGUCCGUGGUGGGCUGGACACACCGAAUUUAAGACCCCUUUCCCCUGCAGCGAUGGAUCGCCUCAGAAUCUCGCCUAUAUCAACAGAAACCACAAGUGUGAUCGUGAGCCCACAACCUACACAGAAGAUCGAUCCUCCCAUCCAAAAGUUCAUCGAUACGCAGGAUGCCCGAGAUUUACGGCUUGGAGAUGUGGCUGCUCUGCUUGAAGAUUACAAGCGACUCGCGGCGGCCUUUCACAAUUCUGGAGCUGAAUCUCAAUGA